AUGACCAAGAAACCCCUCUUCCUCAUAGCAUCCUCCCUAACCCUAAUCAUAAUCAUCCUCACCACUCUAUCCACAGCCAACAACAGCUUCCCACUCCGAAAACGUCUCCCCCGUCCCUUCGUCUCCGCACCACACCUCCGUCACGACCUCCACCUCCAAGACACCACCAACAACAACAAUCCCUACCUCUCCGAAAUCAAAGAGUGGCUAUCCCAACAGCUACCCACCAACAACAACAAAAUGGGCAGCAAAUCCUCCUCACACGAAAACCCCAUCAUCUCCGACGUCCUGCCCAAGAACCGUCUCAUCAACGUCUACGCCUCGCUCACCCGGCAAUUCGACAGUGUAGAAUCCCGCUUCAAUGAUCCCUCAAGCAACGUGACGGUCCUGGCACCGCGGAACAGCGCGAUCCAGAACCUGCCGCGCAAGCCGUGGGAGAAUCCUGAGGAUUAUGAGCGGUUUGGGCAGGCUGGGGCGUAUGAGGGUGAUGAGGGGCAGGAUCGGGCUAGGAAGAAUUUGGAGAGGUUUGUGAAGGCGCAUGUUGUUGUGGGGAGUCCUUGGGGAGAGGGUGAUGAGGGGGUUACCCUUGCUGGGGAGAAGGUAACGUGGAAUAAAGGGGAGGGUGGGAAGAUUUAUAUUCAACCGGGGAAUGUGGAGGUGGAUAGUGUUGCUGAGAAGGUGUCGAAUGGGGAAUUGUGGAUUUUGAAUGGGGUCGUUAAUUAUACUUAG